UGGUUGAUUUUGCAAUGCAUCCGUAUUGGACCUGCAACCCCCCACCCUAAGAUUAGCCGCCAAAUCUCAGUUUAAUUAAUCACCCCAGUGGCAAAUCUGUAAUAUCGCAACAAACCAAGCCUCGUUUUCUAACGAGCUAUAAGUUUGCAUAACUCGGUGCAUCCAUUUUUCCCCUGCGCCCCCGACUCGGCCGUUAAGUCCGUUACUGAAUGUCCCGGCAAAACUCACAAACAGAAAAUGGCUGUUUUACCCUUCCGCCUUAUCCUCCUCUCCGUCUUCUUCGUCUCCAUGGCCUUUCCGGCGUUUUCCCAGCUUGACCAACGGUCGAUGCUUCUGCGCUUGAAGCUCGAGCUGGGAGACCCACCUCCUCUCCGGUCAUGGGAUGACAUAUCCUCGCCGUGUAAUUGGCCGGAGAUUCAUUGCUCCGCCGGAAAUGUCACCGGAAUCAGCUUCUUUAACCUCAACUUUACGGUUCCUGUCCCUGCUUCCAUCUGCGAUUUCCCCAACCUGAGGUCACUCGAUCUGUCGUAUAAUUAUUUUCCCGGCGGGUUCCCGACGGUUCUGUACAACUGCACUAAGCUUCAGUACUUGGAUCUCUCACAGAACUUGUUUGAAGGACCGAUUCCCGGCGACAUAGACCGUCUCUCCGGCGAACUCGUGCACCUUGACCUCGCCGCUAAUGGGUUUUCCGGCGAUAUUCCCAAGGCGAUCGGACGAUUGUCCAAGCUCAAGGUUCUGAACCUGUACCAGAGCGAAUAUAUCGGCAGUAUUCCGACAGAGAUUGGAGACUUGUCGGAGCUGGAGGAGUUGCGCUUGGGGAAAAAUGACAAGUUUUUGGCAGGGAAUAUUCCGGUGGAGAUCGGAAAGCUGAAGAAACUGAGGGUUCUGCGGUUGGAUGAGAUGAAUCUGGUGGGCGAAAUGCUGGCGGUUGUUUUCGAGAACCUGACGGCUCUGCAGCAUCUCGAUUUUUCGGCGAACAACUUGUCCGGUCCGAUACCGGACGUGAUAUUCCAGUUGAAGAAUCUGACCCAUUUGUACCUGUUCUCCAAUUAUUUGUUUGGGGAGAUACCCAGAUCGAUUUCAGCAAUGAAUCUGGUGGAACUCGAUCUUUCUGCGAACAAAUUGAACGGUACGAUUCCAGAAGUUGUCGGAAAUCUGACAAAACUAGAGAUGCUGAACCUCUUCGAGAACCAGAUUACCGGAGAAAUCCCUGUGGGUAUCGGAAAAUUCGCUGGAUUGAAGCUUCUGAAACUCUACACCAACAAGCUGACCGGAGAAUUGCCGUCGGAUUUGGGGUUUUAUUCCAAACUGGAGAGAUUUGAAGUUUCAGAGAAUCAGUUGACCGGAAAUUUGCCGGAGAAUUUGUGCAGGGGAGGUAAUCUCCUCGGAGUCGUCGUAUUCUCCAACAAUCUCACCGGAGAAAUCUCCUUUUCGCUCGGGAAUUGCAGCAGCCUCCUCACGAUUCAGCUUCAGAACAAUCGGUUCUCAGGGGAGAUUCCUUCCGGAAUCUGGACUAGUUCCGACAUCGAAUCGUUGAUGGUGAGCAACAACUCGUUCACCGGAGGGUUGCCGGAGGAAGUUGCGUGGAAUAUGACGAGGAUCGAGAUCGAAAACAACAGAUUCUCGGGGGAGAUUCCGAGGAAGAUUGGUUCAUGGUCAAAUCUAGCCGUUUUAAAGGCAAGCAACAAUCUGUUCUCCGGUGAGAUUCCGAAGGAGUUGACAUCACUUUCUAAUCUCUUGAACCUCUUCCUCGACGGAAACCAACUUUCCGGAGAGUUACCGGUGGAAAUCAUCUCAUGGAAGUCGUUGACGGCUCUUGAUUUGUCCAACAACAAGCUCACCGGAAAAAUCCCAGCGGCUCUCGGGUCAUUGUCAUCCCUUGUCGUUCUUGACCUGUCAGAAAACCAAUUCUCUGGUCAAAUCCCGCCGGAGGUCGGCAAACUGAAGCUGCCAAGCCUCAAUUUGUCAUCAAACAGACUCUCAGGGAAAGUUCCAGAGCAGUUUGACAAUCUCGCUUACGAGAACAGUUUCUUAAACAACACGAAUCUUUGCGUAGAUGAUCCGGUUCUCAGAUUACCGGAUUGUGGGAAUGUGCUCGGAAGCUCAAAAGGGCUGUCCCGAAAAACUCUCGCCAUGAUUCUAGCCACCGCCAUUCUGGCUUUCGCCAUAGCCCUUCUUGCGACGUUCUUUGCCAUUCGGUAUUACAGAGGAAAACAGCCAAGGACCGACCCUGAAACAUGGAAGCUAACUUCCUUUCACAGAUUAGAAUUCUCAGAAUCCGACAUCUUACCAAACCUCUUGGAGAGCAACGUAAUCGGAAGCGGUGGAUCGGGGAAAGUAUACAAGAUCUUCAUCCGUUCCUCGGGCCAAUAUGUUGCAGUGAAGAAGGUAUGGAACAGCAAGAAGCUAGACAAGACACUGGAGAAGGAGUUUAUGGCAGAAGUCGAGAUCCUGGCAAGGAUCAGACACGCGAAAAUAGUGAAGCUCCUGUGCUGUAUCUCGAGCAAGGAUUCGAAUCUGCUCGUUUACGAGUACAUGGAGAACCAUAGUCUGGACCGAUGGCUACAUGGGAAGAAGACAGAUGAGGAGUCCCCCUACUUGGAUUGGCCAAGGAGAUUGCAGAUUGCAGUUGGAACAGCUCAAGGACUCUGCUACAUGCAUCACGACUGUUCUCCGGCGAUUAUACACAGAGAUGUCAAGUCCAGCAACAUAUUGCUCGAUUCUGAAUUCGACGCUAAAAUAGCCGAUUUCGGAUUGGCCAAGAUGCUGGUUAAGGGAGGAGAUAAAGAACAUCUUACCAUGUCUGCAGUUGUCGGAUCCUUCGGCUACCUCGCUCCAGAAUAUGCGUAUACAUCGAAGGUGAACGAGAAGAUCGAUGUGUACAGUUUCGGAGUGGUGUUGUUAGAACUUGUGACGGGGAGAGAAGGGACGAGAGGACAUGAUCAUAUGAACCUGGCAGACUGGUCGUGGAGGCAUUACCGAGCAGGGGAUCCGAUCCAAGAAGCGUUUGAUCCAGAUAUCAGACAAGACUCGCCCUCCCAUGUAGAGGAGAUGAAAAGGGUGUUCAAGCUAGGACUGAUGUGUACAAGCACAUUGCCACAUCACAGGCCGUCCAUGAAGGAGGUUCUGCAUAUUCUACUCAAGACAUGUCCGAAAGUGGCAUAGUGGUCCAAUGGAUUUUGAGUCUGAGUUGAAAAUCCUGUUAAUUAUCCGAACUGCCAUCCUAGAUAUUACACCUUCACUUAUAUAUAUAUAUAUAUAUAUAUUUGUAAUAGUGACAUAUUACACCUUCACUUAAUUAAUCAAAAAAUUAGAUAAAUAACAACCACACUAGAUCCACGUAUUCUCAUACCCAUAAUACAUAAUCCAAUCACCCUUUACCUUAAAAUCAUCUGACAUUCCUAUCAAUGCAGCAAGCAAAUCAUUUUUAUAUGAGAGAGAGACAGAGAGAGAGAGACAGAGAGAGAGAGCAAACAAUAUACUUACAAUCUUUCCCCCAAUGUGAUUUGGUUAUUUACACUGGGAAGUUCAUAUAAAACAAGAACCAAAUGCAAAGACAGACUACCAAAACAACUUAGGCAGAAGAUUCUGAACAAAUUACACAACUUUCUAAAUUAAUUAAAAAAAAAAAAGGAAAC